AUGUUUUCUGUGGUGGCAUGGGCCGUGCACUCUGCUGCAGGGCUGAUUGUUGGUGUUGGUAUUGCGAUCUAUAUGGUUGAGAGGAGCUUUGCUGCGGAGGGAAAUAUUGUGGUUGCUGUUGGUAGCCCAUUUGGGGUGGUCGACGGCUGCUCUAUGGAAAAAGAUGUCAUCUACCGGUGGAGAUUGAACAUUAAGGCGUACUGGGUAAUCAAGCAAAUAAACCUUAGUAUGAGCCUAGCUGGAGAAACACGGAAGCUGCAGAUGAGUGAGUUAGAAGAACUUCGGUUGGAGGCUUAUGAUAAUGAUGUGCUCUAUAAGGAGCGAACCAGGAGAAUCCAUGAUGGCAAGAUCAGGAAGAAAGAGUUUUGGGCAGGACAAAAAGUUUUACUUUUCAAUUCUCGUUUCAAAAUGAUGGCAGGGAAGCUUCGUUCAAAAUGGUCUGGACCAUUUGUGAUCAAAGAAAUCUUUUCAAAUGGAAGCAUAAAGGCGUAUGAUCACAAUGGAGUUGAUACAUUCGUGGUAAAUGGGCAUCGCUUGAAGCCCUACCAUGAACUUGCUGAAGUAGAGAAAGAGAAGGAGGAAUGUCAACUUCUCAACCCUGUGUACGACUGA